GUGUCGAUAAACCUAGCUAACUUCUUCCCCCUCCUUUGUCGCUCUUCGAUUCUCAUCUCACAGACCGCCGUUUUAACCUUUUUCGAGUUUUGCCUACUGUUUUUUUGUUGGUUAGAAACGGGAAAACAAAUAAAGAAGAGCCGAAGAAUUAUAAAAAACAAGAGAUUGGUCAGAACCCAGACUAGAAGAAGGCAUCUAGAAGCCGCAAAUUCAUCUCCCACUCCUCAUUGAAACCCUAAAACUUCGGAAUUGCACACUCUCAGAACAGAUGACUACCAAAGGAGAAAAGAGGAUAGUGAGCGAAGAAGACAAGAUAUUCGCCAAGAAUUUCAACAUAAUGGAUCACCCCGACAUCCCUACCGGACUUCCUCCGCAUCUGCAACUCCAGCGAACUCGUGUCCUCUGUAAAAACGACGCUCCUAUUCAUACGGCGAGUGUCAGUUACUCGGGUGCCUAUAACGCCGUGGGAGUGGACAACAGUGUGAAACUUGAAAACUUCUCUGAGAAUUUCAAAGUUGAUGUCAUUGAAAUUUCAAAAGAUGGCAUGGAAUUGACAUUUGAUAUGAUCGGUAUAGAUGCAGCAAUCGCCAAUGCCUUCAGAAGGAUCCUUCUAGCUGAGCUUCCUACGAUGGCUUUUGAAAAAGUGUUUAUAGCAAACAACACAUCUAUUGUUCAAGAUGAAGUUCUUGCUCAGAGGAUGGGUCUUGUUCCUAUUGCUGCAGACCCCAAGCUCUUCGAGUACUUAUCUGAGAACGACCAGCCAAAUGAAAAGAACACCAUUGUCUUCAAACUCCAUGCGAAAUGUGCAAAAGGUGAAGGACGUAAGAAAGUUUUGACGGAGCAAUUGAUUUGGUUACCUAAUGGAAGUGAGUUGGUUAAAGAAUCAGGAGAUUCGAACUCAAAGCCUAAAACUUACACUUCCUUCAGCCGCAGCCAAAAAGAGUCCUUCCCGGAAUUCGCUGAUAAUCCUAUCACUCCGAGCUAUCCUGACAUACUGAUCGCAAAGCUCGGCCCUGGUCACGAGAUUGAGCUGGAGGCUCAUGCGGUUAAGGGCAUUGGUAAAACACAUGCAAAGUGGUCACCGGUAGCCACGGCUUGGUAUCGAAUGCUUCCUGAGGUUAUUCUACUAGGGGAAGUUGAGGAUGAAGAUGCUGAACGACUCGUAAAAGCCUGCCCGGAGAAUGUUUUUGACAUUGAAGACAUGGGCAAUGGUAGGAAGAGGGCAACAGUAGCACGGCCACGUGAUUGCACGUUGUGUAGGCAAUGCGUGAGGCAAAAUUAUGGAGAGGAAGUAAACAAAGGAGUAGAAGAAAAAGAAUGGAUAGAGAAUGUGUCUCUUCGACGUGUCAAGAACCAUUUUAUAUUUAAGAUUGAGUCUACUGGAUCAUUGCCUCCGGAUGUUCUCUUCACUGAAGCUGUCAAGAUAUUGGAAGAUAAAUGUGAACGUGUUAUCGCUAACCUCUCCUGAAAGAAGAUUGAUUGGUUUAGUACUUUAGUUCUCUACUGGCAUGGUUCCGGUUUAGUUCGGUUUUGGGUUUUGCAUCAAAUCUUCUCCUUGAUUUCAAUACUAAGAACAUUGAAAUGUUCAUGUUGCAUCAGUUCGUUUGAGUCUAACUAGGUUCACCAAAUUGAAACUUUGUUUCGGUUUUCUACGAGCUUAUGUAGAAUUGAACCGUUAAAUUCAGAACGAUAUAAAUUUCUUGCUCCAA